AUGGGUGCAAAAGCAACGAAAAUUGAAGGUGAAUAUCUGCCGGAUACGCCGACACUAAACAAAAUGCGCCUGGCCAGCGAAAAGCGAGAACAAAUGGAAAUGACGACGCCGAAUCGAGAGCAAAACAACGCUUUGCUCGAUCCUCGAUCACCAAAUGGCUGCCGCACGCCUUUAACCUUCUUGCAGGCGUCAAAACCUCGCGUUGAGGAGGCGGAGCAGAAUGUGACCACCAGUGAAAAUGCCUUCUCCAUGCUGCGAAAACGAUUGCUUAAGGGCUUCUCCCUGAACGAUCCUCGCUCUCCUCAGCUAAAUCGCACUCCACUGGUCCUCGAUGAGGUUCGUUCGCUUAAUCUGGAUGACACAUUCGCUGAUCUCUUCGUGGACACCAGGGUUGGGACAGCACAGAAAGCAGUGCCACCCACACCGCCACAAGUGGAUUUGGAGGAGAGCUGCGAUAGCUUUGGCACACCGCCGUCUGCUGCACACAACAAUAGUUCCCUGGAGAUUGUUUCACUGCCCUACGAUCAGGAAGAAACAUUGCCUUGUGAGCAACAGCUGCUGCCGUAUCAGGAGCCGCAUCUGGAGCAGGGUCAGGUGAAAAUGGCCACGCCUCCGCCGGCUCAGCAGCCCCAUGGUGAUCCCCGCUCGCCGAGCCUGGGGGUCGAUCGCACACCCAUCAUCUUCUGCGACGACGAGGAGGAGGAGGCACGCGAGGCCCAGAUGCUGGAGCACAUCUUGGAAACACUGACCCUGAAUCUCAGCACUGGCAGCAGCAUGGCGUCCUUUGCCGCUGGCGAGGAGCAGCUACCAGAAGUGCCGGCCAACAAACAUCUGGAGCGAGUGCGUUUGGGUCACAAGCGUCGGGUGCCACCGCGCAAGCCCGCCAGAGCCAACAAGCCAAAGAUCUAUGUUGACCAGGAGGAGGGCUCCCCGAUGCCCGAAGGAUCCAUUACGCCCAAGACAAACAGUACCCCCCUGUCCGCCCAAAAGCGAACUCCACUCAGUUGCGUUAAGAAUAAGCCGCAUCUGCGAUCCCGUUCCACGGAAAAGGAUUCUAAGAAGAAUCAGAUUCCGCCCGCGCAGAGCUUCAACGAUCAACUGCGGCUAAUCUCUGGCGCCGAGGGAUUCGGCGGACCCGUUUACUAACACAGCUUAGUAGCUACAAUUGCCUUAUGUCCACCUAAACCCACCAAAUCAUACUCUUCUCUCACGACAUACUUUUAUUACUCAUCUUUUAAUAAAUCAUUUUAUUAGUUUGCUUGCCAGUA